CACACACGGGUGAGAAAGCCUGUUACAGGGAGAGCAGAUAGGUGGAUAAACACACAGAGAAGGACAGAAAACAAAGAAGAAGAAAAAUUUAGUCAGACAUAGAAAGAAGCGAUAGGGAGAAGGAGAGAGAGAAAACAGAGGGGAAGGUAAAGUGUGAGAGAGAGAAGGAAGAAGAAGUGUAAGGGCUUUUGCAGCUGUACUGGUAUCAUGUCUCUGAAUGGGAAGGUGGCUCUGGUGACCGGGGGUGCUCAGGGCAUUGGGAGAGCCGUGGUCCAGUCACUACUGCAGAGCUCAGCCAAGGUGGCCAUGGUUGACCUGAACAAGGCAAGUGGUGAAGAGAGCAAGGCACAGCUGGAUGCAGAGUUUGGAGAGGGCCAAUGCACCUUUAUUCCAUGUGAUGUGUCUAAUGGAGAUGGGCUGAGAGAUGCAUUCCAGAGAACAGUAGACCAGUUUGGUCAUCUGGAUAUCGUUAUAAACAACGCUGGAAUCAACAAUGAAAAGAACUGGGAGAAGACCAUACAAGUCAACCUGACCUCUGUGAUUAAAGGAACCUACUUGGCACUUGAACACAUGAGUAAAGAGUAUGGCAAGGAAGGAGGCACCAUUAUCAAUGUUUCUUCUAUGGCAGCCUUCCUGCAUUCUCCUCAUCAGCCUGUCUACACUGCUACUAAACACGGAGUCAUUGGCUUCACUAGAGCUAUGGCAGACGCUUCCUCUCAGGGUGAUUACGGUGUUCGUAUCAACGUCCUGUGUCCAGCUUUUGUUGACACUCCUCUGCUGCACUCAGUGGAACAUGAGGACAACAUGGGCAAGUUUGUCAAGUUCAAGGACGACUUCAAGCGCAGCAUGAGCAAGUUUGGAGUUUUACAGCCGUCGUUGAUAGCGGAGGGCAUGAUGAGGUUGAUCGUGGACACCAGUCUGAAUGGAGCAGUGAUGAAGAUCACCUGCUCCAAGGGAAUCCACUUCCACACCUAUGAACCCAUGUCUGCUUGAGCCUUCAUAUCACUCCACGCUGCUGCUGCUGUGGACAAUAGUACAACGCUUUUCUGUCUGAAUUCAACCCAUCACAAAUGGAUUCCAGACAUCUGGCUGACACCUGACUUAACAUAAGAACUGUGUCAGAGCAUCGUUUGGAUUCUACAGGAAACACUGACCUGAACAAAGCGUGAUCACUGAACACACAGGGAUUCAAAUAACACAUGAAUGCUCUCCAAAUAAAAGUACCCUUACUGUUUUCCUCAUUACAUUAACAAUUUGAUAAUAAUCAUAAUUUUUAAGUUAGAAAGUUUAGUGUUUUUUCUGCUAGCCAAGAUAUAAAUAAUUGGCAAACCAAAGUCAUAGUUUAAUUUUUAUAAGAAAUAUUUAACAGGCGGUGUGAUCCACCUCAGCAAUGACUGAUGAUGUAAUCAUUACAACUGUAAACAUUGUUAUUUAACAGGUGAUUUAUAUGAUUUGUGUAAAAAUAAACCUCAUGUGUUGAUUUUUUGUAAUGAUAUGAUAUUCUGUAUUCUCUAAUGAAAGUGAGACUACGUCGACAUAAAGCCUUUUAGAAAGAAAACAUUUUUGCAUCUUUAGAUUUUCCAGGUUAUCUUUGCAUUCAUGGAGGACUCCAUUCAUAGUGGAAACAUUUAUAACUAACAAUAUUUGUUUUUGAGAAGCU